GUGGCAUUCAGGCCCAUCAUGGAAGACCAGAUCAUGCUACAGCCUGCUGCUAGCCCUGGAGCAAGUUGGGCAGAGGAUGUAACCCCUCCCCUGCGACCCCGAAAAAUUCCCAUGUCUCCCCAACACGAAGUCCCCUCGCCGCCGGAUUCAGACGCAGAUGGAGCCUCCACCGACGCGGAAAGCGAUAGCGCCAGUGAGGCUGGAGGCCCAGCUACGGGAAAGGCCUCGCUGCCAACUGUCCAAGGCACCGCUGUCUCGCAGAAGGGAGAUCCCAUGGCGGCUGGCGUGCCGUCUGAUGGGAUGAUGGUGGUGUCCGAGUCUAAGCUGAGGGAGAUUAUGCGGCAAGAAGUGGAGAACAUCCUCAAGACUAUACAGUCCCACCAGGGGACGGCUUCUGUGCCCGAGCCCCAACCGCCGCUCCCAUCUGUCUGCGAGGGGAGGCCCUCGCAAAACGGCCCGCCUCGCCCCCUAGCGCCUUUCCAGGCCUCGGUCGCUGACGCCCCUGAGACCGCCACCCCAUCUCCUGAUAUGCCAGCCAGCCCCGCCGCGCGGCAUGCCAGCGUGUCUUCGACGACCAGGUCCGGCAGCUUUUCGGGAGCAGCAGCACCUCCGCGAAGCCCUACCAUACCGUCUGGCACGCAGCCAAGUGUCAGCGACGAAAAAUGGGGCCGGCUCUUUGACCAGAGCGGCCAGCCAACAGCUAGAGCUGAGGAGGUGUUCAAGUCUAUAGCCGACCAUAUUAUUACCGAGGUCGCUCCUCGAAAGAGCAUCGUGAUCACCCCCGAGAAGCUAGCAGAGUUCUACUCCCGGCAUGGCCUGCUCAAUGAGCGCUUUCCCUUCGCCAGCAUGUUCAGUCCUCACGCACUGGAAUUCUCCUUCUUUGAGAGAGUCUCCGACCUGUAUGAAGAUCUCGGCUGCCAAUACUACUUGGUGCCAAAAGAUGACAAAUCCCGACCAACUAUGCCGGCACUGACACCCACAGGCUUCUCGCAGUGGCUGAUUGCGAACAUCAAGGCAUAUCCGGAUGAGGAGGCACAAAGGCUCGCGCGCAUAGUUCUACAAGUCCCGCUCAGCGUAGCAAAUGCUGCCGACGGAAAGCUUGAGCGCAUGCCCCGCAUGAUCUCGCGGGGCCUGCUGCCCGAACAGUCGGACAUAAAGGCCCGCAAGAUAUUCGACGAAGCCUUGAAGGAUUUCAUUGAGGACAGCGAGGUCUUCCCAAUGUCGCCCUCUGGCUCGCGCCCUUCAGGUCUGAACCUCAACAUCCCAGGGUCGUCGUCUUCGCGCCUCCCAGCAGUGCCCCUUCCACCUCAUAGGGACCCGAACAGAUAUAAACCGCGGGGCCAGCAUUACCCCGACAGGGGAGUGCCGAGCUCGAACCGCAGAGAGCCACGCGGGUCGGGAUACAUCGAGUCCGCGGACUGGUCGACGGAUGGUAAUGCAAGGUCACGCCACGGAUCGAUCCCUCUGAGCCCGACUUCAGAGAGAGACAGGGCACCGCUACAGCCGCCGCCUGUCGGGCGUAGGGCCCGAAGCCCACAGACUCGGAGACACAGCCAUACUGCGGUGAAUGUGAUGCAGAGCCAUCCGCCGACAAUUACGGGCGGGGCCGAGUACUCGCAGCCUUCGACUUCGGGCGAACGGCUGUCGCCAAGAACCACACACGCAUCCGGCGGCGGCGGAGGCCCCAUGGCAUCUUCGCCCAAUACUUUGUCACCUCAGCAGCUGUCGACGAUUCGAGACAAGUCCCCCCGUCACAGCCGCGACAAGGAUUAUCACAACCUCCAAAGGUCGUCAUACUUCCCCUCCCGCACUUCACGCACCAGCCUCGACGGCGCCGUGCUCGUCCCAGGACAGGUGCCGCGCUCAUCUGGGUCGUACCGCGAGUACGACCGCGAAGGCGCCGAGGAGGCCAACCCGCCCCGCAGGAGGAGACGCGGCACGGCGGCGUCGGAGGAUGUCAAGGCCCACGGACGGGACGAAGCUCCCAGGCACAAGGGGAAGUGAGACAGCGUCAUGACCACUGGCGGGCGCAAGCAGGCAAUGUUUUGGAUUCCUUACUGUCCUCACAGCCCUAUUUCCUUGAGUUUAUUA